CGACUACAUAUAAUAUAAAGCAAUGACUAAUCGACUAUUAAAUUAGUUGUUGACUAUUUUAUUAGUCAACUAAUUGUGGCAGCCCUACAUUGGUGUAGAAUCUCAUUUUUUUAAGUAAAUCUAUGUGCUUUGUUGUAAUUCUAAUAAUAAGCCCCUCUUACUAUUAUUUUUCUCAGUGAUCUGUUAAAAUUCAAAAUAUAAAUGACAAAGCCUGAUGAACUAAAAUGAAUUAACCUCAAAUGUUUUUUCUGAAAUCGUUAGCAUAUUUAUUCAAAGCUAAAGAGCCACAUUGGAGGGAUGAAGGAGCCACACGUGGAGCCGCAGGUUGCAGACCCCUGGUACAGCAUAUCCAUAUUAUUUUAUUUCUUUGUUGACCGGACAAACACAUUCUCAAAUCCUUCAGCUUCACCAUUAAAAGUUUCUUUGGAACUGGACUCUCUACCUUUCUUUCUGACCAGAGCUCCUUUAAAAGGUGUUUGAGGAGCGCUCCCCUCCAGAGUGUUCAAACAGUCAUGCCGGCCGAUGAAAAGAUGAACAGGGUUGGUUAAUGGUUAAAAGUCAGAGGCUGGAAGCAGCUUUGUGUUCUCGUGUUUCCAUGAAGAUGAGCUUGAAAGAGUCACCAGCUACAGGCUCCGCCCCUCCAGCCUGGAGCCGGCUGAGCUGUCAUUGUGGAUCACAGCUCAUCACUGCUCACUUUAGUAGUGUCCCUCCCUGGGGUUUUAGUCUGUGCUUUACUAUGAAGGCUCUGAAGACUGAUGUGUUUUUUCUUCUUUUCUUUUUGCAACGCAGCAGGAGAUUUUUGCAGCUGGAAGCAACAUCAGUUUGAUUUUUUGCUCCUUUUUUAUUAUUCAUAUUUUUCUCAGAGUUUAGGAGAAAAAGCCUUUGGAAGUACUCAGAAGUUUCUGGAGGACCCACGGACUAUUUUAACAAUGACUGAAGAGUUGGUUCAUUUGACUCUGUUUCUAGAACUGGGGGGCCAGGGAGACCAGUGCGCUGUUUGAAAGCUUCAUUAUGCAUCAUGGAAGACACCAGUAUUUUCCCAACACCUGAUUACAACGACAGCACGUCUGUUUGGGCAGCAGUACCCUCCGCUCCCAGCAGGCGGCUGGGCAGCCUUCACAACCCAAACAAAUGCUUCAAGGACCUCAUGGGGAUGUUCUUCAUGGUCGCUUUAAAUCUUCUGGCCCUCCUGGCCAACACUGCUGUUCUGGUGGUGGUUUUAAAAGCCCCCCAUCUCAGGAAAUUUGCUUUUGUGUGCCACCUCUGUGCCGUGGACCUGCUGUCCGCCAUCUUGCUCAUGCCUCUCGGAAUCCUGUCCAGCUCUCCAUUUUUUGCCGGUGUGGUUUUUACCGUGCUGGAAUGCCAAGUGUACGUCUUCCUCAAAGUUGUCCUCAUGGCUGCCUCCAUCUUUACCAUUACAGCCAUCAGCGUGGAGCGGUAUUAUUACAUCGUCCAUCCCAUGCGGUACGAGGUAAAGAUGACCCUAAAGCUAACGGCGGUCGUCACGGUGAUGGUGUGGGUGGCUUCUGCCACGCUGGGGCUUUUCACGGUGUUUGGAUGGCCUUUGAACAGCCGCCUGAGCUCCAUCAAGGCCUCUCACUGCUCUCUACACUGGAGCCACAGCCGCCACAGACAGAUUUUCUCGGCACUCUUUGGUGUGGCCUGCUUCUGCCUGCCAGCGGCUGUGAUUUUUGUUGUCUACUGUAAUGUAUACAAGGUGGCCCGCUUGGCCGCCCUGCAGCAUGGACCUUUGCCUUCAUGGACGAGCAGCCAAAUGAAGCACCGCUCUGACUCCAUAAACAGCCAGACUACCAUCAUAACAACUCGCAAUGCUCCGCGCAGGAUCGUGCGUGACCGCCCUUUUGGUGGUGGUAAAGCUGCUUUCACCCUUGUGGUGAUUGUUGGACAGUUUCUGGUGUGCUGGCUGCCUUACUUUGCCUUCCAACUUCACGUAGUACUCAACGAGACUCCGGAGAUCCCUGACGACUUGGAGCCGGCCGUCACCUGGUUGGCAUAUUCCUCCUUUGCCAUCAACCCGUUUUUCUACGGGCUUCUGAACCGACAAAUAAGAGAGGAGCUCCGUAAGCUCAGGCGCUGCUACUCUGCCCGGACGGUCGAGAUGGGCUUCUCCAGCCACGAGGUCUCAGGCCAUGAGAACUUCCUGCAGUUCCUCCACAGAACCAGCUGCACCUUAGAGACACGUGCAAGCUUUGCCACGUCCAGUCCUAGAAGUACUCUAGAUCAGACUGGCUUCAGGAUACCAGGACAGAUCCCUGAGGAGUUCAGUUAAACUCACCUCACUGCUUCUGGGCAACCUGUUGGAUUCAUUAGGCUGCUGAAUAAAUACUCAUCUAAGUUGGAAGUCUCACAUUUCAGAAACUGAAAAAUUUGAUGCUUCAACAUUGACUCCUGACAUAUUGUUUUAGUUUCAUAAAGCUCCAGAAAAAAGUUUUGACUGUUGUCCAAAUGACAAAAAAAUUUGGUUAAUUUGGAGCUAAACAAUCUGAAAAUUGAAAUUUACAUAAAAUAUAUAUUUUUUAAAAGGCUCUGCUGAGUAAGUAAGUAAGAAAGUAAAUCCACAUUUACAAUGGAGUAAAAAAGUAAUAUCGGAAGAUUUAAAGUCGUAAAUGUAUGACUUUUUUUUUUCUCCUGAAUUACCUGUUUUAUAAUCUUAGAUUUACGACUUUAAAACACAUAGAUUUAUGAGAAAAAAAGUUAGGA